CACUGGUCCCAAAACUGUACCCUGAAGUACUCAGCUAAGCAUAGUUUCCCAACUAGACAACUUUGAGUUCACUUGUACUCUUCGUUGGUGUCCACAUCAAUAGAUUGCCUCCAACCCUGACAUUUCUUAACUUACAUAACCGAUUGUGAGGAAUUCUGUCAAAAGCUUUGCUGAAGUCAAUGUAGGCUGCAUCUAUAAGUGACGUUUGGUAUUUAAGAGCGCACCAGCUUUCACGAGCCACUAAUAAGUUAGUGAGACAUGAAUAACCUGUUUUGGUAAUCGACCCUGGGUUAUAGAUAGAUUAAAACAUAUGCUUCAAGGAAUCACGACAAAAUUGGCUAAUUCCUUUGGUAACCUAAGAUGUAUUUUAUCAAGUUUCAUGGAUUUUCCUAUAUCAAGCUCAUUUAACAGACCACAUACAUCGGGUUCUUUGAUUGUCACAGUGUCUAGUGUGUUUGGGUUUUGCAUGAACCGAAUAGAAGAGCAUCUCUACUGUAUAUACAUUGCUAAAGUAAUAUGUGAAUACCUGAGCUUUACCAUGAUCGUCCUCUGCUAAUGAUGCAGCACUACUGUCCACAAUGCUGGAAUAUUUCCUCUUCUUUUAGUCCUUUGGUUUAUGUACGAGUAUAAGCAUUUUGAGUAAUCUACAGAGUGCUUAACAAGUUUUCCUUUGUACAAACUUCUAGACUUGCAGAGAAUCAAGGCCAUUACUAACACUAAUUGGCACCAUUAAUCACUCUUAUCUACUUUCUGUUGAUUUUUUGUCGUGUUGAUAUAGUGUGGUAAUUUAAAAGUCAUUACCAGGCCGCACUUUGUAUUUAUCUGUUUUCUGUUCCGUCACUAGUGUGACAGUUAAUCGAUGAAACGGUAUUUAAAAAAAGCUCGAGUUCUGUGCAUCUUUUUCUUUCUCGUUAUUCUAUUUGGAGUAUGUUGGGUGGUAAAUAACGGUAAUCAAUCUAUUGUACAAUAUCGGGCUGAUAUUAUUAACCUCUCCCGAAAGUAUGUCAAAGCUUUGGCCGAAACUCAGAAUGUGGGUUUUGAUGAUCCUUACAGCGCAGAGUUAACGGGAUAUGACUUAAAGAAAACAUUGGCCGUUAUUCUAGACGACGUGCUACGUCGUAUUGACCAGAUAGAAUCAAAACUCUCUAAUUUAACGAACUCAUCUCCUGAAGUAACUAGACAUUAUUCCGAAUCUAUAAACUCGGCACCAUUUGUACCUCAUACUGCUCGAGGUUUGAAAAUGAAUAAUAAUGAGAAAUCAAACUACAAAAAUAUUAACUAUUUGGAUCUUCUACAAGAUGCACAAGAAAACUGUGUUGUUCAAGCUAGAGAACUACCACUAUACCCGGAAUGUUUUUCAAAGAUUGAAUGGUUGCGAACCCGUUGGGGAACUCAUUCAUGUUAUAUUGAGUUAGGAAUCGAUGGAUCAGAAUGUUCACUUAUCCGGUAUCUUAGUGAAAUUGAAAGUUUCUGUCCACGAUUGGAUAGCAGAAAAUUUCUGAAACGUCAUAGUGAAGCUCAGAUAACUCGAGAUCUUAAUGGUUUGCUUGGCAUAUUAUCCUUAGCUAAAAAUCAUUUAUUAUCGAAAUCGUUUAUGACUACACGGCUAAAACGUAUGUGGCCUGAUUGGUUAGCAGGAAUUCAACAUUAUAUAAAUGGAGUUAAUUUUUCACAAGCUGAUUAUUCAUCAUUGGAUCAGUGUAAAUUUUGUUCGCCUGAUGAUAUAGCUUGUGCAGAUAUUUGUCAGUCUACCAAACUAAUAGGUCAGCCGUUUUUAUUUGGAAGACCGAAGCUAAAUAUUCUACUUCAUAUGGGAUUUUUAUCGAAUGAUUUUUAUAAGAAUUCUUUCGAAUCAUAUAUCUCUAAAGGUGGUCCCCUUGGUGAACUUGUUCAAUGGACUGAUCUCAUAGGUGCCCUCUAUAUUCUUGGACACAACAUAACAAUUACUUUUGAAGCUGUUGAAGCAAAAUUAAAAUUGUUACAUCCCUACUCAAAUUCCAUACCUUGUCAGGUAGAAAAUAAUAAAUACGAUUUAAUAUACACGGAUAUUAUAGGAUUUAGAAAUUUGAAAAGAAUGAACAUCCGGACUCCAUUAUGUAAAUUUCGUAUAUUGGAUACAUUUGGAACAGAAGCUCUUUAUAAUCGUAAAAAAGAACUUUGGAGUGGAUUACAUUUGAAUUUACAACAAUUCUAUACAUUUUUCCCUCAUUCACCGGAUAAUACAUUUCUGGGUUUUGUUGCUGAAAUACUUCCACCCAAAUCUAAAUUCUCUCAUCAAUCAUCAUUUAAACCUGUUGCUCUUGUCUACGGAAAAGAGGCUUAUAUGUGGUCUUUGCCAAAAUUUGUGCAUAUACAUCAAAUGCAAUAUGGUCAACCAUAUUUAGAGUUAAUGUCGAAAGCUCAAAUAUUGAUUGGAUUGGGAUUUCCUUACGAAGGUCCUGCGCCUUUAGAAGCAAUCGCCAAUGGUCUUAUUUUUCUUAAUCCUCGUUUUAAUCCGCCUCACGGUAGAAGCAGUCAAGCAUUUUUUGCUUAUAAACCUACUUCACGUUCUCUUACCAGCCAACAUCCGUACAUAGAAAAUCACAUCGGUGAACCUUACUCAUAUUUGGUUGAUAUGGACAAUGAAACACAGAUACGCUUAACUAUCAAACGUAUUCUGACCAACAUUUCUAACGGAACCUAUCGUCCUCACGAAUAUAGUCCGUGGGGUUUACUCGAACGCCUUAAUGCUUAUUUGACACGCCAAAAUAUCUGCGCCGCACCUUUUUACAAAAACUUGAUCCAGUCUCCAUUGCCGAUAACAAAAGCUGAUGCGCCUCCUAAAUUUAACUACCUAGAUGUCCCUAGCACUACUGUUUCAUGGCCUCCAGCAUCAAGUUUGAAGAUAGUUUUGGGAUCUCGUGGUAAAUCUUGUGCAGAUGUGUGUAUAAAUCUGGGAACUUCAGAACAUACUUUAUUACUGCCUCCCGAUAUUUCUGCUUACUCCAUUCGCAACAAAACACAACAUCCCCAAAUACAGAAUGGCUACCUCUACUAUCGUUCUAUUCACACUACGCCUUCGCAAAACUUGUCUUAUCUUUAUGCAUUUCGCUGUUCUCCAGAACACUUUCCAAGUGUUAAUCAUCGACUAAACCUUCAACAUCUCGGUGUUUCUUGUCCUAAUAUUACUUACACAACUAGUCCAAUGGCACCAUAUUGGGACGAUGCAACAAGUUCAUGUGUUUUUCAAGCUAAUCAUGAAUGGUUUGACUGUACUGCCUCAGGGACUCUUAAUGGAUCUGAUGUAUUUUCUCGUUUUUGUCCUUGUCGUGAUGCUCUUCCUAACCAGAUUUCUUUAUGUUCUAACUGUUUGUGACAAAAUAUUCUAUUCCUUAAUGAUCACAUGUAUAGAAAAUUAUACAAGCUACAUUUAUACUUUCACCUUCCCGUCCGGUUGUAUAUGAAUCGUAUUAUGUACUUUCUUUAACAUUUUAAGUGUACGGUGAAGCACUGAAUAUUUGAUUGUUAUUUUCUGUCGAAAAGCAUUUUUCCCAUUUCAGUCUGCAACAUUAAUAUAUUUACUAAUAACUGCAUUUUAAUUUGUAUUUACUUCCUAUAAAUUCUAGUCGACGAACUUUUUUCUGUUGUAAAGUCUUAAUUCCUUCAGAUUUUUUCGUUUUAGAAUCUAAUUGUAAAUUUCUUUUCAUGCUUGUACAACGUAUUUUCGAAUUAUAUAGAAUAAUAUUGUUGUGUGUUAGGAAACUAGAUUAUUUUUCCCAUAUAUGUUUGCAAUAUUAAGUUGAUUUCAUUGACAACUGAUUUGGUUGAGUUUUGUGAAUGAAGAACUGUAGUUGUCUGUUUCGAUAUUCUGAAGGACAAGAGAUGUUUGAUGACUUUUUAAUAAUCAUUUUUAAGUAUU